GCUCGGGAGAAUCUGCAAGAAGCUCAAGGAAGAAAAAGAAGAAUCCAUGAAACAGAGUCGAGAUCCAUUGAAGAAACCAAGAAACUGAACAAGAACUUGCUCUGUUCUUCGCUAAGGGUUCAAGACAAUCUGCAGCAACAAAGCAACGGCGAAACAGAGGCUCAUGAUCAACAAACUCUGGAGAAACAGAGAGAUACUGAGAAGCAGGGGAGGGGGAUUCGUUUCAGACUUGAUCAGUUUUAUCAUCGACAACGGAUGAAGCAGCAGCAAUCCCAGGCACAACAACCACAACAAGACAUGAAAUUCCAACAACAAGAAGAAAUCAUUCAGCUGCAGCAACAAACGUCUCCUCAGAAACACCAGUCGUUAGCUUCUCAUUUCCAUCUAUUUCCGUUGGUAGAGAAAUUAGCAGAAGCGAUUGAAACUGGAAGACGAGAUCAGAAUUCUAAUGCCCUGGUGACUGAACUGAAUAGCCAGUUCAACAAGAGCCAACAGCUGUUGAAUUCGAUUUCAGGAAAUAUUGGAUCUAAAUCUAUGACUGUUGAUGGACAAAAGCGAAAACUAGAAGACAAUGAGAAGUUGCUUCAACAAAGAAGGGAAUUGAUGGUGGAAUAUAGGAAAACUAUUGAAGCUAUUUUGAAGAUAGAGCCUUAG